CGGCACGCCUGCAUUAGUUCCAACUGUCGGUCAACAAUGUCCCUUUUCACCCACUGCUGAUGGCGAAAGUGGCCCCAUCGUUGGAAGGCAUUUCCGAAAAGGGAAAUCAGCUCCAUCCACGAGGCUCUGCACCCCGCAACGGAGCGCGCUAGUGCCUGACCCACCACACCAACGGCCGAUGAGAGCCGCACUCUCUCACCACAUAAACCGAGCUUUAAAAAACAUCCAGCCGCAAUGAAUUCAGCAAUUGCACCUUCUACAACCCCACUUUCAACGCCAGGUUCGUCGCGAUGGCAUCCUCCUACCUCAUCGUCGGCGCAGGCGUCUUCGGCGUAUCCACCGCCUACCACCUCAUCAAGAAGUACCCCUCUGCAUCGGUAACUAUAGUCGACCGCGACUCCUACGACGCCGACAGCCGCGUCGCCGCCUCUUGGGACUGGAACAAGGUGGUGCGCGCCGACUACGACGAUAUCGUGUACUGCCAAUUGGCCCUCGAAGCCCAAGACAUCUUCAAAACCGACCCGCUAUGGCAGCCGUACUUCCACGAGACAGGCAUCUACUGGAUCUGCCGGUCCGAGUAUGCGCAGGACGUCAUCGACAACUACAAGAAGCUCGGCCGGAAAGCGGAGCUGUCCGCCGUGCCGGUUGACGAGGCGCGCAAGAUGUUUAGCGGGCUGUUCGACGACGCGGAUUACUCGGGGGUCAAGGAAGUGCUUGUGAACAAGACGAGUGGGUGGGCGAAUGCGGGGGAUGCGCUGCGGGCGGUAACGAAGAGGAGCAUCGAGUUGGGAGUGAAGUAUGUGACGGCGGAUGUGGCGACGCUGAAGUUCGAGCCGAGCGGGAGGUGCACGGGGGUCAAGACGGAGAAGGGGGACGUGUUGACGGCUGACAAGGUUGUUCUUUGCACAGGAGCUUUCACGCCGAGGCUGCUGGAGCAGAGUGCGCAGAGCAGCGGAAAUGCGGAUCUGAGAGUUGGAGACAGGAUCGUGGCGGGCGGCAUCACAACAGGCAUGACGACACUUGACGACGAGUCGUAUAAGAGGUUCGCGAAGAUGCCAGUGGGCGUCCAAGGUUAUACCGCGUCGACAGGUCCUUUCAUCGGCAGUCUCCCACCCACUCGCGACCGCGAACUCAAGUGGUGGGGCCAGAAGAUCUUCAAGAACACGCAGGAAGUCCUCCCCGGUCGCUACAUCUCCGCGCCGCCUCCGGAACGCGAUUACGGACAGUGGAAUGUCGCCGGUCCGCUAAAGCAGGACAUCCAGUUUGCGAACAAUGUCUUCUACGGCAAGAAUGGUGCAAACUGGAAGAUGGAGAAACACCGUAUCUGCUGGGACGCCUUCACAACCAGCUCCGACUUCAUCAUCUCUCCGCACGUCGCAGCUAAGGGUCUCUACAUCGCGACCUGCGGUUCCUUUCACGGCUACAAGUUCUUCCCCGUACUGGGCAAGUACGUGCUGCAGAUGCUGGAGGGCGAACUGUCGAAGGAGCUGAAGGAGAAGUGGGCUUGGGACCGCGAGAGGCCAGAUCCGGCACUCAACCCAGAUUGGCCCCGGUGGGAGAUGAAGGAUCUUCUGGACGCGCCACCUAAGGCGAAGCUAUGAGCACGACUCUGGUUUACUGUCUGUGUCAGCGUGAAUGCAGCAUGGAAGAGCGAAGGGGUAAUUUAGAUAGGUAAUGAGCAAGCUGUCCAUCAAUCACCCAUUCUAAGCAAACACGCUCCUUCACCC